AUGCUGUUUAUUUCGGAAUUCAAUUCGUUGAUAUCUUCAACUUCUUCAUCUGAUUCUGAGUCAACUUCUGAGUUUGAUCAAGCAACAACUCAAUCUGAAAUGUCCCAUUCUUUAGAUCAUUCAAUUGAUUAUAAUUCUGGUGUCGGUGGUCAUUCCACUUCCCCCAUGAUAAGUUAUCAUGGUCAAAUUAGAAGUCUCUAUGAUGCAUUACUUUUAAUUGAGGCUGCAAGAUUAAAUAAAUUACCAACUAUUAAACGAAGAUUAACUACUUUUGAAAGACAAAAAUCAAUUAAACCAGAUAAUAUAUUUAUUUGGAAUGAAAGAACAAGUAAUAUUAGAAGAUGGACUGAUGGUAAGUUUUGGAGUGAUUCAAAACUCUUUAAUAAUCACUUUUUAAUUUAUCAUGAAAAGGUUAAUUCAAGUAAUUCUAAAGAUAAAGCUAAUCGUUUAGUUAAACAAAGUUUAUCAUUAACUACAAGAAAUAAUGAAAAAUAUCAUUUAAUUUAUUAUUUUAAAAGAGAUCAAUUACAAAGUUUGAGAAAUGAUAGAAGAAGAAAAAAGAAAAACUGGUUUAAUAAUCAUACUGAGGAAGAAGAAAUGGCUCAAGCUAUGGAUAUGGAUAUCGAUACUGAUAUUAGUCUGCAAAGUGAUGAUGAUGGUUAUUCAGUUUCGGUUCAUCAUGGAUUACAUGGUAAAAUUCCUUCAAAAGAUCCUUUAUUCAAGGAUUUAACUAUUACUGAUGAUGUUUAUCCUAUUAACUUUUUAAAGGAUGUAUCAUUAUAUUCUAUGAAAGGAUCUUCCAGUUCUACAAAUGUGAUCAUAUCUGAUCAUAGUCAUCAUCAUUCAUCUAAUUCAAGUUCACUUACAAAUUCAGCUUCUAGUUCUACCACUUCUUCAGGUGCACCUUCAUUGGUUUCUACAAAUUUCUCAAGAACUCCAAUUACAACUAUUAGUUCUCCAAGAACUAGUGUUGGUUCCUUGAUUUCUCUCAAGGAUUCUGUAAGUUCUAGUUCUAAUACUAUUACUAGAACUACAAUGUUUAAUCAGGCUAUUCCUAAUAGUCCUGCAACUUCGACUAGUAUUAUGACUGAUGGUAAACAUAUUUUACCACCUCCAGUUACUACGUUUAGAUCAAAUUAUUUUGAUGAUCGUAUCAACUCAAACGAUGCUCUAGCAUUACUUAUGUUAGAUAAAUGUUUUGCUUAA